GUAAGAGUACAGUUGAACUCACAUCGAGUUAACUCCACGAUGAGGGCUGUCCUAUUAUUCGUUGUGAGCCUGGCCGCUCUGGCCAUGGCUAGGCCUGAGGUUGACGAUACCACACUGAUGACAACAGACAUCAAGCAUCGUCAAUUGGUUAUCCUGAAGCUUCUGAACCAUAUUACGGAGCCUCUGAUGUACAAAGAUCUUGAAGACAUUGGCAGGAACUUCAAAAUUGAAGAAAACAUGGAUAAAUUCACUAAAACCGAUGUUGUGAAACAGUUCAUCAAAAUGCUGAAGGUUGGAGUUCUACCGCGAGGUGAGAUCUUCACCCUCCACAUUGACCGUCAACUUAAGGAGGUUGUCACCAUGUUCCACAUGCUGUACUACGCAAAGGACUUCACCACCUUCAUCAAGACCGCAUGCUGGAUGCGCCUUUACCUCAACGAAGGCAUGUUUGUGUACGCUCUCACCGUGGCAGUCAGACAUCGUGAAGACUGCAAGGGAAUCAUCCUGCCCCCUCCCUACGAGAUCUAUCCCUACUACUUCGUGCGCGCCGAUGUCAUCCAGAAGGCUUACUUAUUGAAAAUGAAGAAGGGACUUCUGGACCUCAAACUGUGCGACUUUUACGGUAUCAAGAAGACUGACAAGGAUGUUUUCAUCAUUGACGAGAACGUAUACGACAAGCGUAUGUACCUUAACGACGAAGACAAACUUCGUUACUUCACGGAAGACAUCGACCUAAACACCUACUACUUCUACUUCCAUGUUGACUAUCCAUUCUGGAUGAAGAGCUCAUUCAUGGACAAAAUGAAGACAAGGCGUUUCGAGCUCACCAUCUACAUGUACCAACAGAUUCUCGCCAGAUACUACUUAGAACGCUUAUCCAAUGGAAUGGGCAUGAUCAAGGAUCUUUCACUGCACAAGACGGUCAAGAAGGGUUACUGGCCCUGGAUGAAAAUGCACAAUGGAGUAGAGUUCCCUGUAAGGUUUAACGACUUUAGGGUUAUGGAUCGCGAAGAUAACCGUGACGUUAUCCGCCUGUGUGACGAGUACGAGAGGAUCAUCAGGGACGCUAUCAUCAAGGGAUUCGUUGAAGUAAAUGGAAGGCGGUUUGAGCUGACCAAGACUGAAGACAUAGAAACCCUCGGAAAAAUGAUCUACGGCAAAAUCGACAAGGUUAACAUUGACAAGACCCUUGUUGACUCAUACCGUUACCUGCUUAUUGUCAUGAAGGCUGCUCUUGGACUUAACACAUUCCAUUCGGACAAAUACUUCGUUGUUCCUACCAUCCUGGACCAAUACCAAACCGUUCUGCGUGACCCAGUAUUCUACAUGCUUCAGAAGCGUAUCAUCGACUUAGUACAUUUGUUCAAGUUGCGCCUGCCUACUUACACCAAGGAAGACCUUUACUUCCCCGGUGUGAAGGUUGAAAAUGUUGUAGUUGACAAGCUCGUCACUUACUUCGAUGACUACCUGAUGGACAUGACCAACGCUGUAUACUUGACUGAAGAAGAGAUUAAGAAGACUAAAUCGGACAUGGUAUUCAUGGUCCGCAAGCGCCGUCUUAAUCACCAACCCUUCAAGGUCACUUUGGACAUCAAAUCUGACAAGUCUGUCGACUGUGUAGUGAGGAUCUUCUUGGGACCGAAGAAAGACCACAUGAAGCGUCUUAUUGACAUCAACAGGAACCGCCUUAACUUCGUUGAAUUAGACACUUUCCUAUUCAAGCUGACCACUGGCAAGAACACAAUCGUCAGAAACUCCUUCGACAUGCACAACCUUGUCAAGGACCGCAUGAUGACCCGCGAUAUCAUGAAGAAGAUUGAAUCCAUCACUGACAUGCGCGAUCUCAUGAUCAAGGACCUCAGGAACUACCACACUGGAUUCCCCACUAGGCUUCUGCUUCCUAAAGGUUUCGUUGGCGGCAUGGACAUGUUACUUUACGUUAUUGUUACGCCUUUGAGGCUUGUAGAUAACGUCGAUCUGAGAAUUUUGGACACAGACCGUAAAGAUCUCAUCCGUGACUUCAGGUCAACUGUCCUUUUGGACAAGAUGCCUCUUGGUUUCCCCUUCGACCGUAGGAUUGACGUUGGCGAGUUCUUCACACCUAACAUGAAAUUCGUUGACGUGAAGAUCUUCCACAAGAAGAUGACAUGCGACAUGAAGACUAGGUGGAACCGCUGGGUGUUGAAGAACUACGACAUGGUCGACAGGACACCUAUUGAGUCAGACACAUACUUUGUGGACACUGACCUUAACGUGAAAGUUGACCGUAACGUUAACUUAUUCGAUGUGUAAACAAAUUUCCGAUAAGUAAUAAUUUAUAUGACCCUUGGCUGUAUGUAUUGAAAGCGAUUUAAAGAUAAAAUAAAGCAAGUAUUUAUAAUGAA